AUAUAAAUUGGGUUGUACGUUCACAAUCAUUUGGCAGUUACAAUGAUGAUUCUUAUUCUUAUACCGUUAGCGGUGUUAUUAUUAUUUUUAUUAAAAUAUAAACACUCUUAUUGGACUAGAAGAAAUAUAGCACAGGAUGAACCCAGUGUAUGUUUCGGAAAUUUAAAGGAGUAUCUCGUGGGAGAUAUAACCAUGAAUCAGGCUAUUCAAAAAUCUUAUCACGCCUUGAAGAAGAAAGGAGUAAAACAUGGUGGAAUAUAUUUUUUGUACCAACCAGUAUGGAUACCAAUUGAUUUGGACCUCGUUAAACGUAUUUUCACUGUUGAUUUUGAGCAUUUUAAUUCGCACGGUACACUAUUCUUUAGUCACGAAAAGGAUUUCGUCACUAUGAAUUUGUUUAAUUUAUCUGGACCUAAAUGGAAGACGUUAAGGGCCAAGUUCACGCCAACUUUUACUUCUGGCAAAAUGAAAUUGAUGUACGAUGUUGUGUCGGUUAUUGGAGAUCGUCUGGAGCAAUACGUUGACGAAUUUGCACGAAACGGUAAACCAAUUGAAGCAAAAGACACUGCUUUACGAUUCGGAAGCGAUUUGAUUACUACAUGCUUCUUUGGCGUUGAUUCCGAUAGCAUUAAUAAACCAGAAAGCAGCGUAUUCCGAGAAUUCGGGCAGAGAAUUGGGACUCUACGGCCGCUAAAGAUGUUACUGGAAAAUAUCUUCAAUUGGGACUUACUGGCAAACCUGGGUUACAGAUUCUCAGAUAAAGAUAUUACGGAUUUUUUCACGGAAUUGGCCCGUAAUACUGUUGAAUAUAGGGAAAAGAAUAAUUUUACCAGAGGUGACUAUUUGGACAUUUUAAUACAGUUGAGGAAAAAAGGAGCCCUUAAUGAUGAUGAAACGCUUAACGAUGGCGAAGGUGGAUUUCUAACCCUUAAAGAAAUGGUUGCUAGUAUGUUUUUAGUGUUUGCCGCAGGAUUGGACACGUCUUCUUCGGCAACUGUACAUUUACUAUUCGAAUUAGCAAAAAAUCAGGAGAUUCAAGAUAAAUUGAGAAACGAAAUUAAAUCUUUAGCAGAUAAGAGACCCGAUGGCAAACUUACCUACGAUGAUUUGAUGGAAAUGAAAUACGCUGAUAUGUGUAUUUCAGAAAUACUAAGGAUGUCCCCGUCCUUGCCAGAAGUACCCAGAGAAUGUACAAAAAGUUACAAGGUACCAGGCGAAGAUGUUAUUAUAGAAAAAGGUACGAGAGUUAUGAUCUCAGCGUUUGCAAUACAAAACGAUCCCGAAAUUUAUCCGGAUCCGGAGAAGUUCGAUCCGGAACGUUUCUCGCCAGAAAAUAAAAAGUUAAGACAUGAAUAUAGUUUCUUUGGGUUCGGAGGAGGACCUCGGUCAUGCAUAGGAAGCCGAUUUGCCAUUAUGCAAAUAAAAUUGGCCCUGUCCAAAUAUCUGACGAAUUACAAAUACACUUUAAAUCCGAAGACGCCAGAGAAAUUAACUUUAAAGAAACACACCAUAUCUUUGACUCCACGCGAAGAUGUUUUAUUAGACGUUACUCCUCUUAACUAUUAGGUUUUAAAUUUAGUUAUAGUAUUAUUUUUAUAGUUGUACAAGUACUGAGACUUAACAUUUACUCUUGUUAAAUAAAAGAAUAUGCGUAAUUAACAAAAAA